CAUAUUUGGCAUUUCGUUCUUACGUUUUGGCAGAUGGAUUGAAAAUGAAAUAAUAAUAUAAUUUAUAAAUUUAAACACGAAUUUUCUGAAUGAUGGUCUUAGUGUGAUUUGUUGAGGUUGAGAAGAAUAUUUUCUGUUAUUUGGCUAAAGAAUUAAGUUAUAAAAUGGCUUCGCGCGGUGGUAUUAUGGUGACGGGGACCAACGGGGCUGAUUUUGAGCACAGGGAGAAAAUAGCUGCACAAUAUCAGUUAAGUGCUUUGAACAAAUCCCGACUGAAAUACUGUGUAUUCUUCCAUCAUAUGUUGUUCCUUGUGAUGCUGGCCAAGUUAUCUGCCGAUAUAUUGGAUAAACUGGAUAUAUUUAUAUUAGAAAUUGAGGAAUUACAAAUACCACAGCCUGUAUGGUGGGAGUACAUAUGGUGCUUGUCACUUGUCCUCUCAUUCCUUGGUCUGUCUGCUAUAAAACGAAACAACAUAAAACAAUUAAGACACUACAUGUAUGGAAUCUGUAUUCUUGGAUUUGGACCAUUGUUAUAUUGUGUUCUGUACUACUGUGGUGAUGUAUGGAGAUAUUUGUCCAGAGAUGAUGAUGAAGAUGACAGCUCCGAAGUGGAGAUAGAGUUAUGGCAGGGCUACCCAUAUGGAUUGUUGUGGUACGCAUUCGUGCUCCUUGGAUCCCAGAUUCACUUCUUCCAACUAUACUUUUCCUACAACUUGCUUAAGGCAUGGCGUGCCAGAGGUGCAUUGAGGAAAGCAGAAUAGACCAUCAUUAAGUUUAAUUGUAUGUUUUUAAAUUCUAUUUACUUUCUUAAAGAUGCCUUGCUCUUUUCAUCUGACAUGAAUGGAAAAAUGAUUGAAAUUUGUAAUUAAUAUUUAUUUUUGUUAAAUUAAUUGUAUAAUUGCAUGACAAUCUAAUUACAAUUGACAAUAAAUUUUUUACUGUAUAUCAAUGAUUUUGAUAUUUGAAAAACAUAUUUUGUUAAUGGUAUUAACUGCUUGCACUUAGUGGAAUUUUAAAUUAGUAGUUAUUUUAAAAAAAAUAUUUACUGUACCAUAAUUUUUUUAAAUUAUAUUUGCAAAUAUAUAUAUUUAUAUGUUGCACAGUCAUAUAAUUGUUAUUUAGUAGCAUAACUGUAGGGUGCCUUGGGCUUCCAGCCCAAGAGGGCCUCUGGUUCAAGUAGCCAUGAGCAUACAAAGAAUCUAUCAUUUAUUGCAUAUAUUAGUACUCGUAUCACAGCCGCCUAUGAUUAAGGGUCCGGAAUUGGUCUCAAAACUGAAUUUAUUCAAAUGGUAUAUUUACGCCAUUGUUUUUAGUCUAAUUUUAUCAAAUUAUGGAAUAGUAGGGAAGUGUUUUUAUAAUGAUUAUAAAAUAAUUUGUUACAUUUUCUAUUUGUGUUGAUUAAAUGAGCAAAGGCGUCUUGAAUCUGAGCCUAAUUUAAUAUAUUCACUGCCAUUCCGAAGAAAUGGUAUAAUUGACACAUUACUGUACUUAGAAUUACUAUUUUUUCUUCUGAGUUCAGUGAUAUAAAACGUAGACGUAUAAUCUAGCUCUCGGUUCAUUCUAGAACAAAUUUACUUAUCAGCUACUUUGUACGUAGGAAAACCAAUGAAAUAAUCACUUCUAGAUGGCGUAAUACAUACUCCAGUUUUUAAGUUAGACCUUCAAAAACGUAACGGAGAAAACCACAUUAAAUUUAGUGCAGUAUUUUUUGUGCGAUGAACAAACAUACAGACAGACAGACGAAAUUUCUAUUAAUAAUUGUUUUGGUUUCUAUUGCUUCCAUUAAAACUCCUUACAUGUAUUUUUGAAAAUAUUUCCCAUGUACAGACAUCGUGCAGUUACCAUUUUACUAUAAUAUUAUGAAAAGUAGGAAUUGAGAUUUUUCGCAAGAAUAUGAGAUUU